ACUCCCAAUAUACUUCCCGCUUUAUACGCGAAGAAGUUCUAAACCCCUCCGUACACUCUCUCUCUAACCGGUUGCAGCUCUGAACCCCCACACACUCUCUCUCUGCAACUCUCUCUCUCUCUACAUUUCUAGGCGUUCUAAGUUUCUAUCAGUCAAAUUUGGUGUUUCGAAAGUUCAUACCCUUCACAAAGGUCCGUUUGAAUUUCUCUUUCUCUGAAAGAUCGAAAGAGAGGAAACAAGGAUGAUUGAGUUAGGGUUUACUUUUUCUCUCUCGAUUUGCUUUCAUUUGUUGCACCUAUUUGAUCAGAAGAACCCAUAAACGAAGAAGAGACCACAAACAAUCGAUCAACGAGGUAAAUCUUUCGUCUACAAACUUUUGUCCACACACCAAGUUUGGCGGUGUUUGGUUCUUUCUAUAUAGGUUUUUGCUAGAUUAUACACAAAGCCAUGAGUUCAGGGUCCAAAUCGACGGUCAAUUUGGGUUCUGAUAAUGACCAAAACCUCAUUUCGAUGCUGAGAUCGAAGUUCGAUGAGGUACAACUAAUCUUAGUAGCUCGCGAAGAGAACCUGAAGAGGAAUAUAAAUGAUAUGUCGAAAGAAAUUGAGAUUUGGAAAAAAGAGUUCCAGUUGACGGAAAAGAGAAAAUGUGAAUUGGAAUUGGCGAAAUUGGAGAUUGAUGAUGAAUUGAAGAAACGCAAGCGAGAGUGUGAUGAGCUCCGAGAGCAAGUCACUCGCUCUAAGGAAGAUCAAACAGUUCAGUUUGAUAGAGCGAAAAGAGCAGAAGAGAGGUGUGCAAAGCUGUUGGAGGAUUUUACAAAGGCUGAGGCUGAUAAGAGGGAGCUGCUUCUUCAAGUAAAGGUUAAGAACACGGAUUUGGAGUGCGCGAACGCCACAAAGAGAAGAGCUGAGGGUGAGGUAGAAGCUUGGAAGAGAAAGUUUGGAGAACUCGAAUCACGGGUUCUGCAGUUGGAGGAGGAAACUGCAAUGUUGAUGAUCAGGGACCCUUUGCCUCAUAGUAAGCUAGAUGAGGCCUUGAAAGCAGAACAACCUGUUUCUGAUGAAAAAAUUGUGAAGAAAGAAACCUGUAAUGUUGUCAAACCCCAAAAUAAAACAGGUUCUGGAAACAAUGGGCCCAAACAGAGUGUAUCAAAUUGCCACUAUGAGGUUCCAAGAGAGGGUAUCAAAGAGAAAGGCACCUGUGAUGAUGGGGAAUUCCAAAAUGGAACGAGUGUUGGUAAAAGCAGCACCAACUUGGCAGAUACACAAAUUAAACAGACUCUAUCAAAUUCCCAUGUUUCAGAUAGUGGCCCAGUAAUUGAAAUUGAUGGUUUACAAGUGGCAGGUCCAAAUUCCAUGAGCAGGGCUUGUGACAAUGAAGUUCUCAUUAAAAAGGAGUUGGUGUUUGAAGUGGAGAGCUCUGAUAAACUGAUAGGUUCUUCCGUGGGAGUUAAUAAGAAACCUGAGUCUGGUGUUAUCGUUGAGAUCAGUGACAGCGAUGAUGAAAUCCCCAUAGUAAAGGAAAUAACCAAAAGAAAACGUGCUUUGUGUUCUAAUCUCUGUCUGAGUGAGGACGAUGAUGAUAAGACCUUAAUUUCAAAACAUAAGAGGAAGCAACUUCAGCAGUUGUCUUAUGGGGGUAAGCCUUCUCCCAGCAAUGCCUACAGAGCAAUUCCUGAUUCUGGCAGUAUUGAUAUAGCAAAAGCUGUCUUCCCUCCAAGGCAAGGAUCAGUUAUAAUUGGACAAUGUCAAGAGAAAAUCAAGGCUGAACAAAAUGUUACAAAUCCUUUUGAGCAAAUUUAUACCAGAUGGAAUUAGUUCUGAUAGUGAAGACAGCUCCAGCUCAGGAGAUGAAACCUGCACUGAUUCUGACAUGAAUAACAUGCUCGCAGAGCUCUGCAGAAAGAAGAACAAUGAAAAAUUUCAACGUUUUAGAGGGAUCCUGAACUCUGUAUGAAUGCAAUUUGUGCCCUUUAUAGAGAACAAAGCUUUACAGAGAAAUCCACCAAGGGUCCCUUACAUUCCGAAAACUUUGGAUUUAACCAAUUUGAUGCAAUCAGGUAUGACUAAAGAGGCAAGCAUCACAUUUUUCUUCAUCAUUACUACCUGCUUUAAUUUAAUUUGGAUUGUUUCCUACCAAUAUUAGUACAUUGCAUGACAACAUAUUAUUGUCCUUGCCCUUCUUUGGUGAGAGAAAAUGUUUUCUUGUAAUGCUUUUUAUUUUUUUUUUACAAAUUACAACUUACUGUAGGAUUUUGUUUUUCUUUUUUCCUUUUUCAAUUUUAUUUUUAUCUAAUGAAGAACUCUUAUUGAGUUUGUUUAUCAUGGUAACUUAUAUGAUUAAUAAUUAAAGAAUAUUGUUUUUA